AUGACAAACAAGUGUUUGAUUGUUGCCGGUACAAUAUUGUGUGUAGUAAUCGUUGCCGCAAUUGUUACUCCAAUUGUGAUUAUAUUCACUCGACAAGGUUCAACAAAUACAACAACAGCAACAGUCUAUACGACGGUUGUUUCUGCAUAUUGGUCAUUUGAUAAUAAUGCGAAUGAUAUGUACGGUGUUUAUAAUGGAGCAUUAACAGGUAGUGCCACAUAUCAAAGUGCAAGCUCUGCCGUUUAUGGCACGGGCGAAAUGCUGUACAUGUACACCGGGAACAGCUAUUUUCAAAUGACCACUUACUUUAAUUUGACUUAUCAAAGUUUUACUGUUGAUGCAUGGAUUUAUCCUACAACAAUUUCUGGAGACUGGCCCAUAUUCGGUCAAUGUACUUGUAGUACAUGCACUAAUCAGUGUUUAUAUUUGGUUAUUCGAAGUGGCAAAUUGUUCAUGAGUUUCAAUUACAACGACUUAUCAGGUUCAACAACACUAAAUACUUCAAUGUGGUAUCAUGUGGCUUUUGUUUACAAUUAUGCCACAAUGCAACAAAUAAUUUAUUUGGAUGGUGUUCAAGAUGCUAUAAAAUCGAACUCACAACCGUAUAAAGGAUAUAAUGGUACCAUCACUGUGGGCUAUUCACCCCUCAUAACAAACACAUAUUUUUCUCAGUACAUUGAUAACGUCGCUCUGACAACGCGCGCUAAAGCUGCAUCGGAAAUUCUAAUUGAUGCCACUCAAAUAUAUUAUUUUUCAUUUGAUCAACCUAACCCUUAUUAUGAUAAUGGACCAAAUCAUUAUAACGGUACAGCGAAUAGUCUUACAGGAGUAUCUGGUCGAGUUAAUCAAGCGAUACGAACAGCGACAACAUCAUCUUACAUUCAAAUGUAUUUGAGAUGUUCAAAUAUUUGA